AUGUCUUCCAUGCCUUCCACCCCUGCGCGCUCCGUUCGCGCCUCCACAUCCCCGUUCGCCAUGCAAACCUCCAAACCUCUAAUCGAACUUACGCCGCGGAGUAAAGUCAAAGCUAUGCUUGCAGAGGCCGGCAUGAGUGAUGAUUCCGAAGACGAACUCUCCACAAAGCCCUUGAACGGACCUUCAAAGCCCGCCGAACCUGCGGCAAACCCCGCCCCAGCGGCCUCGAAACCUGCUCAGGACGACGCGCCUUCAGACUCCGAAGACGAUGAUAUUGUACCCGCAAAGAGACCAGUUGGAAGGAUGGCAGCCCGCAUGCUUGCGCAAAAUCAGAACGCUCAGACUGAGGAUGGUGAAGAGCAGGACGGCAAUGCAUACCAGAGGGUCAGAAAAUUGUUGAUGUCAGCCAAGGACAAGCAAAAGGAAUCAUCAGGCAGGCCAAGCUCUGUAGCGGAUACGGAGUCCAGUUCAGGCGAGGAUAUGCCGUUCAGCAGAGCCGCGCAGGCAAGGAGACCUGUUCGAAAAGCUAGCAAAUCGCCGAAGCCUGCAGCAUCUGCAUCGAGGGAAUCUUCGCCCGGGCUUUUCGUGUCGCCAUCUAAGCCUUCCCCAGCCAAGUCUGUCGCUUCUUCAAACAACGGCUCAAAUUCCGACUCAGAUUCAUCUGACUUUAAGCCGAAAUCCCGCUUGGAGGAACUGGUCGCGCAAAAGAAGGCCGAACGCAAGGCCAAGGAAGCUGCGGAAAAGAAAGAACGCGAAGAAAACCGACGCAGAGCCAAGGCUGCCGCAAGGAAAUCAAGCGAAAUUGAUCGUGAGCUAAAUGGCUCCGAAACCGACAGUAACGACGACGAAGGCGUGGCUGAGAAGUUAACCCAGCAAGCUCGGCCGACCCGCAAGGCAGGAAAGAAGGCUAGGGAAGAGAUGAACCGUGAAACCCAAAGGAUUGCCAGAAACAUGCAGUUGGCGCAUCAGGCAAAGACCAAGAAAAAGUACACCACGCAGGAUCUGUUCAGGAAAUUCAACUUUGGUCAGCCAAAUGAGUCCACAGAGAACACUGCUGAGCUUGCUUCUUCUGAUGUCGAUCAGCCUGAGAAGGAGACGCCACCCACAAGCCAGCCCAGCGCGGACGAGGUUGAGAAGGCAAAGGCCCAGAAGCAAGGCAUUGAUCCAACCGGGCUGUCCGAGGACAUGGUUGUUGAUAUCGGCGAGCAAAACAUGACCAACGGUGGGCUUACAGUUUUGCAUAAACCGCAUCGUCCACCAAAGAUUGACAAGGGAAAAGGCCGUGCCAUCUCGCCCUCUCGUGAGGAUCACGCGCAAAUUACUUCGGAGCCAGCAGCGAAUCCGGCCGCGCCUGCGCCUGCACCGGAAAAGAAGACUCGCACGUUCCGCGUUGUCCUUCCGGAAAGACCUGUCUCUAACGCCUCUGACUCUGAUGACGACCUUGAGAUUGUCCGUGACACGCGCUUCGCUGUUUUCGACAGCCUCCCAGCCCGCCAGGCCAAGGAGCCUAAACACCUUCUCACUCUCCGCCACCUUGCUCACCUGACUUCGCCAUCCAAGAGCCGACAAACGGAUAGGAAUUCCAUGGGCCCUGAUCAAUUGCAAGCUGUGCUUCAACGCAGAGCACGUGAGCAAGCAAAGGCGGAAAAGGAGGAGAGGAUUGCCGAGCUUCGUGCAAAGGGUAUCAUGGUUCAAACGGAAGAGGAGCGCGAGAGAGACCAACUCGAGCUGGAGAACCUUCUGGAGAAGGCUAGAAAGCAAGCAGAUGAGCUGGCGAAGAAGGAGAAGGUUGAAGCCAAGAAGAAUGGCGAAGACGACGGCGAUGGCUUGCUUGAUAGCGAGGAUGAUGAAAGCUACGUUGAGGGUGGAUCGGAUGCUGAGGGAGCGGAAGAUGAGGAGCUCGAGCUUUCCGGAAGUGAGGAUGAGGAGCAAGACGAACGUGCCGAUGGUGACGGCCUCCUCGACGACGAAGCCAACGAAGAGGACGAUGAUAUGGCGGAUGAAGAGGGUGUUCCAGCGCAGUUCGACGUGGAAGCGCCCGAAGAUGAUGUGGAGUCCGAGGAGGAAGCGGCACCUGCGCGGCGUGCUGCUACGGCUAGGAACCGUAAACGUGUUGUCGAUGACGAGGAUGAGGAAUCUGAGGCUAAGACGACAAGCCAACAAUUCCAACCUGAGCCCAGCCAGGAUGAGACCAUGGCUGCGUUUGGCUUCGCGAACAAUGCUGCUCCCAUGGGCCUUACUCAAAUGUUUGCUGGCACAAUGGCCGACUCGAAUUCCCAGCCAACUAAGCACCAGUCACAGCCCAAGCCUAGCCAGGAUGAGGCUAUGGCGGCCUUUGGAUUUGUUGACAAUGCUGCCCCGGUGGGCCUUACCCAGAUGUUCGCUGGCACAAUGGCCGACAUGGAUCCUGAGUCAACCAAGCAGCAACCUCAACCUGAGGCAACUCAGGAUGAGACUAUGGCUGCAUUCGGAUUCGCCAACAAUGCUGCUCCCGUGGGCCUUAGUCAGAUGUUUGCCGGUACAAUGGCCGACCCGGACUCUCAAGUUGGAAUCCCGGAGGAUGCGAAUACCCAGCAGGAAUCUCUCGACUUCCUUCGCAACAUCCCAAUGUCCACACUGCCUGAGUUUGCAACGGACUUCUCAGGCCCCAGCCAGGACUCCCGCAUUCGCGACAGUCAACCUGAGGGAUCUCAAGCGGAAAGCGGAAGCAACGACAUCAACAUCGGCAUUUCUCAGUUCCCUUCGCAACCCUAUGACUUACCUGAUACCCAGAUGUCCGACAUCCCCGAGCCUACGCAGGACGGUGGCUUCGCUGUUUCACGGACGCCAGGCAGAUUCAACAGGACUCCUCAGGCUUCGUCGACCCAGAGGACAGUGGAUACUGUCAUCCUUUCAGACGGGAUCCCCGAGUCCCCCAUCGUUCAGCGGAAGAAGGGUCGUCUCCAGCGCCGUCGUGAAAUUGUUGCUACAUCAAUGUCCGAUGUCGAUGAGGACGCUGAGCCCGAGCCGGACGACGCGGUUUCGGAUGCAGCGGCGUCAGACGAGGAGUUCGAGAUUUCGGCAGACGCAUUCAAUGUCAUGCGCAAGGGUGCGAAGAAAGCCAAGAAGAUCGAGGCUUUUAACAAGAAGAAAAGCGCGGCCAAGGAAAUGGUCCACGAGCAGGCCGAAGAGUCUGAGGACGAAUACGCAGGUCUGGGUGGUGCCAGUGAUGACGAGAGCGGAGGGGAAAUGGAUGAGGAGCUGAAAGACAUGAUCGACGAGACAAAGGUCAAGGUGAACGAGAGGGAAAUUGCAGCGUUUUAUGCCGACAAGGAGCGUGCCGAAGACGAGAAGCGCAUCGAUAAGCUGUACAAGGAUAUCACGAAUGGCAAUCUGCGACGGAAACGCGGUGGUGACUUUGACUCGCUGGACGAUUCGGACGAUGAGGCUGCAGAGAGAAGGGCGAAGAAGCAGCGUGAGUUCGCGCGUAUGCGAAAGGCGCUUCUCGCGGAUGAAAACAUUGGAAAGAUUGCCGAGAAUCCAAAGAAGCUUGCCUUCCUCCGCGCCAUCGAAGAUCACGACGACGACGAGGAUUUCGACUUCUUCGACUACAAGGAUUCCACCGGCCCCGAAGAAUCGCAGUCCCAGCCCAUGCCCGACUCGCAAGAGGUGGCGCAGCAGGAGACCACAAUGACAGAUGCCGACGCUGCUUCCACUACUGCUCAAGCAAACCCGCUCAAGCGCAAAGCACCCGCCGCCGAUUCCAACGACGAAAACCGCCCACCAGCCCGCCAGCGCCGAACCGCCGCCGCGCCCGACCGGAAGCCCACCACGCUGGCCGAGAUCCGCGAAUCCCUCUCCUCCCUCAUCGACGAACCGCUCGUCCGCGAAACACAGUUCUCCGCAUCCGAAGACGAAGACGAGGAGCACGAUGACGAGCACGGCAACGAGCAGCAACAACAACAACAACAACAACAACAACAACAACAACCCAGAGCCACCACCACCAUCCGCGCCCCCUUCACCUCGCGCCGCAGCGCAGCCACGACCGUCGUCGACCGCCUCACGCUCUCCCGCUCCGCCAGCGCGGCGUCCACGACGUCGACCACCGAACAACAACAACAACAACAACAAACAUCCACCAAGCCCGUCGCCUUCGCCGCCGCCGCCGCCACGGGGCCCAACACCGGCCACGGGUUCCGGGUGCCGUCCCUGCUGCGGCGCGCGACAACGACGAACCUCAGCACCACCACCACCUCUGCAUCUUCGUCAACAACAACAACAACAACCAGCAACAAGGGGGCCGCCGGCGCGGCGGAACAGGCGGCGGGCUUGAGGAGAGGCGGCAGCAAGAAGAGCAACAUACAUUAUCAGGCGAGGGAGGCGGAUCGGAAGAAGGCGGUCGUGGCGGUGGAGGCGAGGCGGGAGGAGGGACUGAGGAAGAAGGUGGUGAAGGGGAGGGGGAGGAGCGUGUUGGGCGUGCUGGGGGGUGGGGGGUUCGAGUAG